AUGGCAACAGCAACGGCCCCUACGUACACUUUGUUCCUCGGAACAUUUAUCCAUCUUCCCCGCAAACCGACUGGGGCGGAUCCAGGUGCGAAAUGGAGACCAGCCCUGGAGAUCAAUCACGGCGCAUUAUGGGUUUCGAAUAGCGACGGGAAGAUCGCGGGGUUUGACUGGUCUUUCUCACCAGCUGAUGGAGACGUGAACUCCCUGACGGAGAAGUUGGGACUGAGCGGAAAGGUCACGGAGGUGGUUCGCGCAAGGGAGGAGAGGAACGAGUUUUUCUUCCCCGGGUUUAUUGCUGACAGACAAGACACACACAUCCACGCCCCGCAAUACCCCAACUCGGGCAUCUUCGGUUCGUCGACCCUCCUCGACUGGCUCGAAACAUACACCUUCCCCCUCGAAUCCUCCUUCGGCGACGCCUCCAAAGCCCGCGCUGUCUACUCGCGCGUCAUCGCCCGCACUCUCGCAAACGGCACCACCUGCGCCUCCUACUUCGCCACCAUCCACGUCCCCGCCACCAACCUCCUCGCUUCCCUCUGCCACUCCCGCGGCCAGCGCGCCCUCAUCGGCCGCGUGUGCAUGGACAACCCCUCCUUCUGCCCGGACUACUAUCUCGACUCCUCUCCCGAAUCUUCAGUCAGCAAAUCCAAGGAAACAAUUGCCCACAUCCACUCCAUCGACCCCGCCGGCACGCUCAUCCACCCCAUCCUCACCCCGCGCUUUGCGCCAACCUGCUCCCCGCCUGCCCUCCACGGCCUCGCCCAGCUAGCGCAGUCCUACAACCCCCCGCUCCACAUCCAAACCCACCUCUCCGAGAAUACAGGCGAGAUAUCGCUCGUCCGCGAGCUUUUCCCCCAGAGCAAAGACUACACGUCUGUGUAUGACGACUUCGGACUCCUCACGCCGCGCACGAUCCUCGCGCACGCCGUGCAUCUGUCGCCGUCCGAGCGGGAACUCAUCGCCGCGCGAGGCGCCAAGGUAUCGCAUUGCCCCGCGUCCAACUCCGCGCUGGGAAGCGGGCUCUGCGCCGUGAGGAAGCUGCUAGAGGCUGGUGUGGAGGUGGGCCUAGGGACGGAUGUAAGCGGCGGGUAUAACUGUAGUGUGCUCGAGGCUGUGCGGCAGGGAUGUCUUGUUUCGAGGCUUUUGCGGCAUAGCGGGACUGAUGAUCCUGGUGAUGGGGACGACGGUGAGGAGGUGCUGAGUGUCGAGGAGGGUCUGUACCUUGCGACGCGGGGCGGCGCGGCGGUUGUGGAUCUGGCUGGGGAGAUUGGGGGUUUCGAGGUCGGGAUGAGUUUUGAUGCACAGAUGGUGCGGUUGGGUCAUUCGCAUACAUCGUCAUCCCCGACAGCUGAGCAUGGGGUGGUGGAUGUGUUUGGAUGGGAGUCGUGGACGGAGAAGGUGCAUAAAUGGGUGUGGACGGGGGAUGAUCGGAAUGUAAAGGCGGUUUGGGUCCGGGGGAGGUUGGUUCACUCUUUGGAUGAAGGACAAUCACAAUCGGAUGUGAGCAUCCCCGAGAAAGGGAAACCUACGUGGAUAUGGGCAGGCACAGGGGCGGCCUGGGAAUCGAAGUGGUGGUUGUGUGGAUUGGGGUUCGUGAGUGCUUGGUUUAUUUUUGAUAGAGUCAUGCGGUAA